GAGAACGAGGUCGGAGCUGAGGAGCGGACAUGUCCACCCUGGGCUGGUGGCGCCGCCGGGCGCCAGGGGCCCUGUGGGCGUGCUAGACCGUGCACGCGGGCUGCGCCCGGGCCGAGCCGUGAGGCCCGAGGCGGUGUGGUGAGGGGAGCUUUGCCUUCUCGAGCUUCUACCCUUCUCAGAGACAGCUGGCAAGAGGAAGUGGUCCAAACACUAGGUGGCUGGAUCCAGGUCCAGGUCCCUGCCAUUUUGACCCUGUUCCUGCAGAAAGCUGCUUGUUCUGAAGUUCUGGAAAGGAUCCUCUUCUCAAACAGGUCCCCGAGACCGUCACAGACUGCCGUGUCUUUCCUUUUGAUUCAUGUUUGGUUCCUCCAGUGAAGAUUUCACUUAGAAAAAUGCUGCCUCCGAAGUACUUGUCUGCUACCAAACCCAAGAAGUCAUGGGCCCCAGAUGUACAAGAACUAGACAGUGACUUGACUAAGGAGCCGGAUGCCACCAUAAGAGAAGGUGCAACUGACCCGGAAUUCUUUCAUCAGAGGUUUCGGAAUUUCCUCUACGUGGAAUUUGUUGGGCCUCGGAAGACGCUGUUCAAACUCCGAAACCUCUGCCUCGAUUGGUUGCAGCCACAGACUCGCACCAAGGAAGAGAUUAUCGAGCUCUUGGUCCUUGAACAGUACCUGACCAUCCUUCCAGAAAAGAUCAAGCCAUGGGUGCGGGCAAAAAAGCCAGAGAACUGUGAGAAGCUAGUUACUCUGCUGGAAAAUUACAAGGAGAUGUAUGAGCCAGGAGAUGACAACAGCAGUGACCUGCGCAGCGAAGACAGCAUAAGCCGGAAGGGAGCAGAGUCCCCACCUCCACGCUCCGCCGCCUCUUUCUGCAGUGACCGGGAUCGGGACUGGGACCAGGAGUGGGACCGGGAGCGAGACCGGGACUGGGAUCUGGACUGGGAUCGGGACCGGGAGCGGAGAGGCAGGAGCAGAGACCUGGAGGCUCGGGAACGCUGGCUGUACCCCAGGAACCCCAGAGGCAGACUUCCUCAACGGGACCUUUCCCUUCCUCUGAUGGAGAAAACAACUUUUGCGACGGAAAGAGAGCGCAAACGUAGGGACACAGUGAUGGAUUAUGAGUCAAGAUCCCAGGAUGCCGUGUCAUACCAGGAUGUUGUGAAUCUGACUGAGGACAGGAAGCCUCAGAACCCGAUUCAGGACAACAUGGAGAACUACAGUAAGCUGCUGUCUCUGGGUGUUCAGCUUGCAGAAGAUGACGGCCACUCCCACAUGACACAAGGCCAUUCAUCGAGGUCAAAGAGAAGUGCCUACCCGAGCACCAGUCGAGGUCUAAAAUCUAUGCCUGAAACCAAAAAGUCAACCCAUCGGCGGGGAAUUUGUGAAGACGAAUCUUCCCACGGGGUGAUCAUGGAAAAAUUCAUCAAGGACGUUUCGCGCAACUCCAAAUCAGGACGGGCAAGGGAAUCUAACGAUAGGUCCCAGAGGUUCCCCAGAAGGCCAGACAAUGAUUGGAAAGAAGUUUCGUUCAACAAGAGGGAGUCGGUGAUUCAGGAGAGGGGCUAUGAAGGGAAUGGCUUUGGGGGAGGCUUUAAUUUUAACUCGAGUGUUGUUUCCAAAAAGAGAGUUCUUGAAAGGAAAAGGCGCUAUCAGUUUGACACAGAUGGGAAGGGCUCAGCGCAUGAGCAGAAAGGCUAUGCAAGGAAAAGACCUUUUGAAUGUAGUGAAAUGAGAAAAGCCAUGAGCAUGAGCAGCCUUAGUGCCCCCUCUUUCACCGAGUCUCACCCACUUGAUUUUGGGGCAAUGGCUUAUGUGUGUGAUGAAUGUGGGAGGUCUUUCAAUGUGAUUUCCGAAUUUGUCGAACAUCAGAUCAUGCAUACUAGAGAGAACCUCUAUGAGUAUGGUGAAUCAUUUAUUCAUAGUGUGGCUGUCAGUGAGGUUCAGAAAAGUCAGGCUGGAGGGAAACGCUUUGAAUGUAAGGAGUGUGGGGAAACUUUCAAUAAGAGUGCUGCACUUGCUGAACAUCGGAAAAUUCAUGCUAGAGAGCAUCUUGCAGAAUGUAAUGAUGAGGAGUAUGAGGAGCCCUUUAUGCCUAGCCCAACCUUCAGUGAGCUCCAGAAAAUAUAUGGGAAAGAUAAAUUCUAUGAAUGUAAGGUGUGUAAGGAAACCUUCCUUCAUAGCUCUGCCCUGAUUGAGCACCAGAAAACCCAUGGUAGAGAUGACAAAGAUAAUGAGCGUGGGGAGGCCUUUAAACCCAGCCCACCACCCAGUGAUCUUCCAAAAGGGUAUGGUAAAGAGAAAAUGUAUGAAUGUAAGGUGUGUGGGGAGACCUUCCAUCAUAGCUCAUCCCUGAAAGAACAUCAGAAGAUCCAUACUCGAGGAAACCUCUUUGAAAGUAAGGGUAAAGUGUGUGAGGAAACCUUUAUUCCUGGUCAGUCCCUUAAAAGGCGUCAGAAGACGUACCCAAAAGAGAAGCUCUAUGACUUUACAGAUGGUGGGGAUGCCUUUAGGCAAAGCUCAGACCUCAGUGAGCAUCAGAAAGUUCAUUCUCGAAAGAAUGUCUUUGAAGGCAGGGGGUAUGAGAAGUCUGUCAUUCAUAGUGUGCCCUUCACUGAAUCUCAGAAGAGUCAUACUAUAACGAGGCCACCUGAAGAGGAUGAGGACGAGAAGGCAUUCACCAUUAGCUCUAACCCUGAUGACAACCAGCAGGUUCCCCCUCAAGAAAAUGUCUAUGAGAGGAAACCAUACGAGAGGUCUGUUAUUCAUAGCUUAGCCUUUGCUAAAGCUCAGAAGAGUCACAGUACAGUGGGGCCCAGCAAACCAAAAGUGAUUGCAGAGUCUACCAUUCAAAGCUCAAGUGUUACCGAACAUCAGAAAGUCCAUGCUGGAGAGAAUACCUCCGAAGGAAAGAAAUAUGAGAGGUCUGUUAUCCAUAGUGUAGCUGCUUUCAAACCUCCCCAAAGCUUCAGUCGAAAUGAAGUCGUUGAUGAGAAGGGUGAAUCCUCCACUUCUGUCUCAGACCGUCAUAAUAAGCAGCAGACAACUCCUGCCAGAGAGAACCCUAAUGAAGGAGGUACAAAUGGCAACUAUAAGGACUCUGUCAUACAAAGUGUAUCCCAUAUGGAACCUCAGAACAAUCCAACUAGUCAGGGAUCCAAUGAACUUAAGAAGGAUGGCGAAUCAUCUGCUCCCACCUCAACUGUCCGCGAACAUCAGAAGGCCCGUUCAAAGAAGAAAAACAUUGAGCGUAGGAACUACGAGACCUCUGUCAUUCACUCCCUGCGUUUUGGUGACCAUCAAGCAUUUCGCCCUAGAGAGAAAUUCUACGAAUGUCCAGAGUGUGGAGAAUCCUUUGUUCGUAGCUAUGAACUCACUGAGCAUCUGAAGAUUCAUGAUAGAAAGAAGCCCUCUGGAAGUAAAAACUAUGAACGAUCUGUCAUUCGCAGCUUAGUCUCUACUGACCCUCAGACCAGUUAUGCUGAACAGCAGCCGCAGACAAGUUACGCUGGAUACUCAGCACAGAUGAGGUACUCUGACCAAGUAGCACAAACAAGUUACAUCAAGCAGCCAGUGCAGAUGAGUUACACCAGUGAAGCACCGCAGACAAGUUACUCUGGAGGGCACAUGAGUUACGCUGUACGACCAGUGCAUAUCAGUUACGCACAGCAAAUGGCACAAACGAGCUACAUGGAGCCACCAACACAGAUAAGUUAUGAUGAAGAGCAAGCGCAGACAAGUUAUGCUGAACAGCAAGUGCGCAACAAAUGUAGGGAGUGUGGGGAAUGCUUUGCUACCCUUGAAGCCCUUGGUGCACAUCAGAAAAUCUAUGCCCGAGAGGAACUCCAUGGUCGGAAGCUCUUUGGAGACACCGUUAUUCAGGGCAUAGGUUUGGGUGGGCCUCGGCCAGAAGAGCCUCGGCAGAGUGAGCCAGAUGAGCCAGAUGAGCAGGACGAGGCUGAAGAUGCGAUCUAUGGCUGUAAGGACUGUGGGCUGGGCUUUGCAGACCGCGCAGACCUAAAGGAUCAUCAGAAAGUUCAUGGCAGAGAGUAUCUCAUCGAUAGUCGUGAGUACACCCAUUCUGUAAUCCACACCCAUUCUGUCAGCGAGUAUCAGAAAGAUUACAUUGGAGAGCAGCUCUAUGAAUGCCCAGCGUGUGGGGAAUCCUUCGUUCAUAGUUCAUUCCUUUUUGAGCAUCAGAAAAUCCAUGAGCAAGAUCAAUUUUAUGGCCAAAGAAGGUAUGAUGAGCCUUUUAUGCAGCCCUUGGUCAUCAACCCACAGAGGCCUCAUGCCCCACAGAAGAAUCCCACUGCAGGAACGUCCCUUCAGUGCCACGUGUGUGGACAAGACUUCAUUCAUGCCUCUGUCCUCAGCGAGCAUAUGAGAAUUCACACUGGAGAGGAUUUUCCAGAGCAGGGCCAGAGAAGUGAAGAUGCGGUGAGUCCAGGCUUGGCCCUUACUGAGUAUCAGAGAAGUCAAACUGAAGAGAAACACUAUGACUGUAAAACAUGUGGAGAAACCUUCCUCAAUCAGUCAGACCUUAGGGAGCACAUGAGAAUUCAUGAGAAAGAUGAGCCCUAUGAUUAUGGGGCCUCCUUCGUUCACACCUCAUUUCUUACUGAGCCCCCAAAAAGAGAUUCACCAUUCUAUGAAUGCAAGGACUGUGGGAAGUCCUUUAUUCAUAACACCGUUCUCAACAAGCAUCAGAAGCUUCAUCUUGAAGAAGAGGAAGAAGAAGGAGCCCAAGAGGUAGAAGCCAAUGUCCUCGUUCCACGAGAAGUUCUGCGGAUCCAGGGGUCAAACGUAGAGGCUGCUGAGCCUGAGGUAGAGGCUGCUGAGCCCGAGGUGGAGGCUGCCGAGCCCAAUGUGGAGGCUGCCGAGCCCAAUGGAGAGGCUGAGGGGCCAGAUGGGGAGGCCGCAGAGCCAGACGGGGAGGCCGAACAGCCCAACGGGGAGGCCGAACAGCCCAACGGAGAUGCUGAUGAACCAGAUGGGGCAGGGAUCGAAGACCCAGAAGAAAGAGCUGAAGAGCCAGAGGGAGACGCCGAUGAGCCAGAUGGGGCAGGGAUCGAAGACCCAGAAGAAGAAGGUGAAGAUCAAGAGAUUCAGGUUGAGGAACCAUACUAUGACUGCAGGGAAUGUGGAGAAACCUUCGCUUCCAACUCUGCUUAUGGCGAGCACCUGAAAACCCACGCCAGGGUGAUAAUAUUUGAGCCUGGAAGUGUCUAUGGGGAAAGCUCACGCUACACUGAACAUGCCAGCUCCAGCACCAGUGACAACGACAGGGCCGAUGACAAGUACUUCAAAUGUGAUGUCUGUGGGCAGCUUUUCAGUGAUCGCCUAUCCCUCGCUAGACACCAGAAUACUCACACUGGCUGAGAACAUAAGAAUAAAGGUUAGGAAACCUUCACUUAGAACUUGACCUUUACUAAACCAGACAGUUCAAACCAAUCCAUAACAAUGUCAGAAGAAACUUACCUUGGCACGUACACACCUGACUUUUAACAUCAGACAACUCAGAUUUAAAAGAAACCAAAGGUGGAAACUGCUUUGGUCUCACCUCUCCCGUUUGACACCAGUGUGUGCAUGUGGGAGAGCUAUAGCACAUACUUUGCAUCUGAGUGACCAUGUUGAGGGAAAACCCUAGGGUUUUUUGAGACCACAGAAAUUGCCCCUGUCCACUGUAAAUGACAUUUCUGUAACCUAUAUAUAAUGCUCCCUGCAGUGUAUAUAAAAUAGCAUAUCGUAGCAAAACAGUAAUCACCUACCUUUGGAUUUAAUAUGAUAUACAGCUACAGUUUACUGUGCAGAGGUACCUUAUCUGGUACUCAGAUUUUUUUUUUUUUUUUUUUUUUGGAGGAGGAAGAGAGCAACAAAUUAGAAUAUAUUUCUAAGCAUCUUAGAUUCUGAGAAAGACUUCUUGUGCAUUAUUUGGUCCCCAUCGGUAUUGUUUCGAGUAAUUGUGUGUUGUUCCUUACCCUUAAGUAUUCCUGUGAAAGUGUAAGCAUGAAAGGUAAAAUGUCUUUUAUUCUUUGCUGUUUGAAAAGGGAAGUGCUUUGAACUUCCUUUUCAGCCAUUUUGUCUACACCGACACUUUGGAACCUAAUGCUGUGUAAGCCUUUACGAUAUGUGGAUUGGCCUUUUGUGACCCAAAGUAGUUGGUUGCCAUAUUGUACCUUGCAGUGGUUCUCAUGCUAAAAUACUAGUUGUUGUUGUUGUUUUUUUGUAACCAACCUGAUGUGUGUUUGAUAAUGAAUUUACAAAAGCUGAAGCUUUUCCCUAUAAACCCUACAUUUUUGCCUUUAAAGAGUGGGUUGCAACCAUCACUAGAUCACAGUUGUGCCUACUGACGGUUGAGAACCAGAGGGAGAGGCUUUCAUAUUGUAAAUAAGGAUGCAGGUUAACAACUUCCAUCACUUCCUUUGUGCGCUUCCUGCCUUAAGUGACAAGUAGCAUCGUGGCUUCAUUAGUGUGAACUGCCACAAGUCAGUCUGCACCCUGGGUGCCCAGGAGCUGGUAUCCUUAGAGCUUUCUAUCACUUACCUGAAUUCUUGUCUUCACCUGUCAGACCACCCCCCCCCUGCCUCCCCACCCUCCCCCUGCCAUCUAACUUAAAUUUUAAAAAAUUAAAAAACAAAAACAACAACAACAAAAAAGCUUUCUUUACAGUCAACUUAAGCUUAACAUGGACUCAGGUUCCCCAGCAGCCUUAAUUUGUUUCCUUACCAUCUGUUCCUCCCUCUUGCAGCCCUUCUAAGUAUUUCUGAGCUAUCCACUAGUGUCAUGUUUGUCGAAUCACCUCAGUUUUCCAUUCAAUCACAAAUUGACCUCAUAGCUUGAGGUUUCCUGUGUCCUGUUCUGUGGACCACCUGUGCUCCUUUUGCUUCCCCUCCCCUUGCAUAGUGACUAUUAAAUUUUUUGGCUUUGAGUUGGCUGGAAAAAAAAAUUAAAAAAAAAAAAAAAAAAAAACCUUAAAAGCGGAUCUGUAGAUUAAGUGAACAAAAGACAAGAGCAGAUAAUUUGAGCAAGCAAAAUUAAUCUACGUGCUGGGGGAACGUGUCUAAAUCCUCCUCUCCUCUCCUAGAUCCGCAUGGUUAGGGGCUCUGGGAUCGUGUGUCACAGCUGUAGGGAAUGCCAAAGUCCAGGGAGGCUAUAGGUUGAGAGCACAAAGCAGAGGUGAGGAAGCCAAAGAAAGAAGCCCUAAUACAUCUCCAGAUCUAGGAGCAUGAGGAAGCAGACAGAAGGGAACGUGGGAAGCAGGGCUUGGAAGGCCAGGUUGGUGGGAGUGAAGUGAGCAGGAUGUCCUGGGCAGUGAAGAAGGGGCCUUUUUGGUGUAGGUGACGGCCAGCUGCAUAGAAGGACGUGAGGUUGGAAUGGACAUCCAAGAAAACUGAGGAGAAUCGAGGCCCCGCAGCACAGGAGGGGGACCCUUUAGAUGGGAACCAGCGUUGAUGUUAUUGGGGAGCACUUAGGUUGAUCACUGUUGGAGGUAUUAAUUGGUAGAACCUUUUCAGAAAACAACUUGUCAAAUGUCAGGGUGUCCAUUCCAACCUCAGGUUAGUGAAAAAUUGGGAACGAAAUAAAUGCCAAAACAGUAGGAGGAUUAUUACGUGAAGGUAUUCAUGGACUGUAUGCAGCUGCUUAAAAAUGAUAAUCAAGAGUUAUGUAGCAAUGUGGAAAUAUAUUUACGGAAUAUUAAGUGGAAAAUGCAGGACACAGAAUUAUAUUUAUACUACAGUUAUAACUGAUUAAAAAUGUAUGCUUAUAGUCAAAUGCUGUUGUGUUGUUGUUGUUGUAGGCUUAUAGUUGAGCAUUAUUUUCUCAAAUUCUUUGAAUGUUCUUUAUGGUAGUGUUACUAAAAAGUUUAUAAUCAUGUUUCCAUUGUGAACAUAAUUUGAACACAUCAUCAGACACUUGGAAAAUACAGAAAAGUGGAGGGAAAAAAAUUCCAUAUUCCAACCAUCCAAAGACAGAUACAUACUCUUCAGCAUCUUGUUUGUUCUUAUUUCUGUGCACAGGCUUACGAUUAUAACUGUGUCAAAACGUGUAUUCAGAAUAGCUGUUAUGUUACCUUUGUGGAAUUAUGGUUAAACACUUUCAUCUUAAUGUUUUCAAAUAUUCCUUAUGAUAAUGUUCUUAUAACAAAGUUUAUUAUGUUUGUUUCCAUUACAAGCAUAAUACAUACCCAGAGGAAAAAUUGGAAAAUACAAUAAAUUAGAAAAGAGGAAAAAGUCAUCCAUAUACCCAACACCCAACAACUACUUGAUCUGUUAACAUCUUGAUCUGUUUCCUCCAUCUUGUUUUAGUGCACAAGCUUGUGAUUAUAACAGUGUUAAAUAUGUAUGCAUAAAGUCUAAAAUGAAAAAAAUAUUGAAAAUAAUUAAAAUAGUGUUGUAAUUGUGGGAUUAUGGUUAAAUAUUUUGUCUCAAAUUCCUUGAAUGGCCUUUGGUGUUUUGGUAUUAAAUCUUGUGUAUGUAUUUCUCCAUUACAAAUAUAAUACAUACUCAUAGCAAACUUUGGAAAAUUCAGUAAAAUUAGAAGGAAAGAAAUUCACCCAUAUUCCCAACAGCCAGCAACAGUUGCUGUUAACAUCUUGGUCUGUGCACCAGUCUCUAAUUAGGGUGUUGAUGAUAGGUAUACAUAGAGUCAAAGAUGGGAAGAAAUACAGAAAACAAUUAAAUAGUUGUAUGGUUGUUGUGGGAUUAUGGUGGAAUAUUUUGUCUUGGUUUCCUCCAGUGGUCUUUAUCACAGUGUUAUUGGUAAUCCACCUUUAUUACAUAUAUACCAUUAUAAACACUGUAUGUGUUCAUUAUAGAAACUUUGAAGUUACAGAAAUGUAGAAGAGAAACUCACCCAUAUUUUCACCAUCCAAAGACUGUGGUUAACAUCUUGAUAUAUUUUCUUCAUCUUGUUUCUGUGCACAGGUUUUUGGUUUGUUAAUAUGGUUGUGGUUGUUAUAUCUAUCUGUAAUAGUGUCAACAAUAAAAAUAAAGUUAAAAAUAA